AUGCAACUAUACAAACACAGUUUUCUUUAUCAAUUAGCGCUUAUUGCCGCUUCAAGAGCAAAACAUCAUAAGAUACACAAUAAUCAGAUCGCUGAUUUAGAUCCAGAAGUUAUAAAGAAAGAGCUUUUAGCUGCCAGGAAGUUGAAGUUGGAAACAAAAUUGGAGGAUACACCGAAGGACAAAAAACCCAAAAAAGAAGUGUCCGAAGAGGAUCUAAAACUGUAUGAAAAGGAAUUAGAAAUUCUAAAGAAUAUAGAAUUGGAUUCGCUUGUGGAUAGGACCUUGAAGAAGAAAUUGCAAAAGCAUCCCGAAUUGAAAGAUGACGAGCUUAUUAAAGACACAAUUAUAUCCUCACUCAACACGCAAAAAACAGAUGAUUUGACAGUGCAGAAUAUCGAAUCACGAUUAUUAGCCAAUAAGAGUAUCAAUGCUGAAGUGGCUGAAAACAUCAAUGGUUUCUAUACCAUUAUUAAGGGAAAUAUCGAGAAAAUAGAACAGAGAAAACAAGAAGCGCAAAAGAGAAAGGAGGCAGAAGAAGCAAAAAAACGUAAACUUGAGGAAAACGGACAGAAUCCGAAAAUGAAACGUUCAAAAACAGAUGCAUCUUCAGAAUUUACGGACAGUUUGGGAAUACCAAAGGGGCCUUAUAAGUAUGAUGAAACUAAGGAUGAAUUCUUCCAGAAAAUAUAUGAAGGCAAGAAGAAGCCCAACAGACCUGGGCAAAGGCAACGAAGAAAGCAAUGGGAAGAACUAUAUGGCAAGGAUGCAAAACAUAUACAAUCAGAGUAUGAAAAACGUGAAGAAAAGCGCCGUGCUAAGCCUGACUAUAAACCCCCCAAGAAGAAACAAGCGCCUGCAGCUCACAGGACGAAAGCUGCACCCGCUGCUUCUGCUGAGCCUGUACAUCCUUCAUGGGAAGCAAAGAGAAUGCAAGAAGAAAUCAUGUCGAAAGCUCUUAGUGGUGAAGGCCCAAAAAACAAUAAAAUUGUUUUUUCUGAUGAUUAAAAAAGAACUAAUAAAGCUCUCAAGUCAUUUAUACCCGCAGUUAACUUCUUUCUUGCGUCUUUACAACAUUUCACUUCUUUGAAUGUAUAGUUGCCUGGAAGUAUAUAUCAUUUGGGGUUGUUGAAUCGCAGAGGGAAAAAAAAAACCUCUGUUUUCCUCUCUUUGUUCACCCAUAUCAGCAUCCCUUAUUUGGCUUUUAACUGUUAUCAUUUUCUGAACUUGCAGGUUUCGCACUGAUUGCUUCCUUUUUAGUCACGACAAUAAAAGCUUGAAACAGUAGUAUAUUUAUGUAGCAGUGCUGUCAAUUAUUCACUCAUCUGCAGUUUCAAAAGUAUUUGUAUAUAGCCAUAAUAAGCUACAUUUCUUCCUUAACUGCUUUAACUGAAGCUA